AUGGACUACAUCGCCAAACAGGCCAGCCAGGUCGAAAAUACCGGCGGUCUGCUCGUCGCAGCCUUGACCCAGGGCAUGGGCGACCGGCCCAAGAGCAGCGAGGCCGACGUUGUCGCCAACGCCGGUGGCCUCGGGGUACCAAUCCGGAGUGGUGUUGCCUCUCCACGCUUGACACUAUCGAUCGACAUCACCAAGAUGCCGUCGUCGUCCGACCUCGCCAAGGACCACCAUCUUGCCCUGGCUCUCGCGGCACUCUGCAACUGCAUCUACCAGAUCCUCGAGUACCAAGAGUCGGUCAGCCACGAGUCGUUUCAGGUCAUUGGCGACACCACUCGGCUGAUUUCAGCACCCAAUGCCGUGUCUGGGCCCUCACGCUCGCUAACAUCGCUGAUGCUGGCCGAAACGCCCGAUCCGAGUCAAAACAGCCAACUCGAAGACCUUGCCCUGAGGGUCUCGAAUGCACAGGCCGUCCGCCACAAAAUCGACAUUUCCAGGUACCCCGCCGCCAUUCAGAGCCUGUGGGAAGAAAUCGACGUCCUGAUGCUGCACGUCCAGAACGUGGGCCACAUUCGCUCCAGCAGCGCCGAGCCACCAACCUACGAGGAGGCACUCCGGGCCUCGCAAGUCCAGGGCCCCUCGCAAGACCAGGCCUCCGUGCUUGAGACCAAGGCCACUAAAAGUUCGCGGACCCGCCCGGACGAGCUUGACAGGAUCCUCAAUGUCAUCGAUAGACUGGUGGCCGUGGCUCCUCGUCUCGUCAACCAGACCGUCUAUCUCACUCCCGAGAAGGAGCGCAUCAUGUCGGCCGCGGCCUUGGCUGCGCUGAUCGAGAAGCUGGUCAAGAACAGAGUCCAUUAUGACGAUCAGCGCGGCGUCUUCUCGCCCACGGGCAAGGGCACCACGGCUCUGAACAUCCUGAUUGACCAGAUCACAAAGUCUGGGCAGCGCAGAAUGUCUUCGCAGCGAGCCGAGACUACUCCAGCAUUCCAACAGAAGCUUGAACUCGGCCGUCUAAGUGGCGUCGUCGAACGGCAGAGCCGCUCACGCUUUACAAACCAGGACUGGAUUAGUCCCGAAACCAAGCUCCUGGAGGACCUCGCCAGGCUCAAUGGCGACCUGGCAAAGUCCACAAAGCAAAUGGAGGACCAGCGUUACGUGGUGUCCUCCAAGAAGCAAAUGGAGAUGUUUGUCACGAGUGUCUUUGGCAAGCUCGAUCGUAUGAGCGAGCGCCGAAUGCAGAACCAGGAUGCCGUCAGUCCCACUGAUCUGAAAAGCCAGCGCUUUGACGAGCUUGACCGAAUCAUGGACCGCAUGUCGCCGAGCCUGUCGAACCAGCGAAGUGUCCUGCGCUCUUCAAGUGUCUCCAAGACUUGA